UUUGUGCUCUGGUAGAGAUGUGUACAGGAGGAGAAGGCAACGCAUUGCUAACCGCGCUAGCUAGAUUAUAGUCAACGCGGCUCGAGCGUUGGUCAUGUUGCACACGGUGCGAUUUAUUUUGUCAUAAAAAAAAGUCCGCGUUGGAUUACCUCCGCUUCCGGAAGAGGAAAAAAGGACGAGGUGGGGACUAUUUUUUUGACCGAACAACAGAGCCGGUUUUCGGGAGAAGAGAAAAGGACGAGGACCGUAGAGAGUCAACGUUAGCUGGCCUAGCCAGGACUCCUCCACGAAAAACAAGAAUGGGGUCUCUAGGUCCACUCGGAUUAGCUUGCUGGUAAAGUGACCUUUUUAUUGUGUUCCUCUGAUGGCGAAUUUCACGAACUACCAGGAGGGCAAAACGGCGAUGUUGUUGGUGGACGUGGGGACUAAAUCUGCUGCGGACGGAGACGGGGAACCCCCUUCUUCUUCUCCGUUAAUUAAUAACAUCGGUAGCGGCGGUAGCGGUAGCGUCUCUCGCUUCCAUCAACAUUUACCGCAUCACCACCAGCAGCCAAAGGAUCAACCGCAUCACCACCACCACCAGCUGGCUCCGCAGCAGCAUCUUUCCGAGGACCCCGCUGCUGCUGCUGCUGCUACUACCGCUAGCAGCGGCAGCAGUAGCAGCGGCCACGUGUACGCGGCCGUUAGCGUCGCGAACACCGCGGCGGACAGUGUGGUGGACGAUAUUCGAAAAUGUGGCUACCUGAGAAAGCAGAAACACGGACACAAGAGGUUCUUCGUGCUCCGGGCCGCCAGCCGCCUCGGACCGAGUCGCCUGGAGUACUACGACAGUGAGAAGAAGUUCAGGAGCAGCCUGCGCUCCGCUGCCGCCGCUGCUGCUGCUGCUGUGGCUGCCGCGAGCGGCAGCGGAGGAGCGGUCGCCGCCGCCUCUCCCCCGAAAAGGGUUAUUUACCUCUACCAGUGCUUCACGGUGAACAAAAGGGCGGAUUCCAAAAACAAGCACCUCAUCGCCCUUUACACCAAGGAUGAGUACUUUGCCAUAGUGGCCGAAAACGAGCAGGAGCAAGAGGAUUGGUAUGUGGCUGUCAGCGAGCUGAUGAACGAGGGUAAAAAAGGGCACGUGGAUUCUGAUGAUCUGGACGAUGGUUACGGUACGGUCACACCUGGUACAGUGUUUAAAGAGGUGUGGCAGGUGAAUGUGAAACCUAAAGGACUGGGACAAACUAAAAACCUCACAGGUGUUUACCGGCUAUGCCUCUCGACUAAAACCGUUCACCUGGUGAAGUUGAACUCUGAGACUCCCUGUGUGAACCUCCAGCUGAUGAACAUCAGGCGUUGUGGACAUUCUGAGAGCUUCUUCUUCAUCGAGGUGGGGCGCUCCUCCUCCAUCGGGCCCGGGGAGAUAUGGAUGCAGGUGGAUGACUCCGUCGUGGCCCAAAACAUGCACGAGACCAUCUUGGAGACGAUGAAAGCCCUGAAGGCUUUCGCUGAGUUUCGGCCCAGGAGCAAGAGCCAGUCGUCGGGCUCCAACCCGAUGCCGUUCAUCACGACGCGGCGCCACCUGGGCAACCUGCCGCCGAGCCAGACGGGGCUGCAGCGGCGGUCGAGGACAGAGUCGGUCGUCGGCACGCCGCCGUCAAGCAAGAGCUCCGGGGCUAGUGGUUAUCGCUUCCGGACGUCCAGCGAGGGCGAGGGGACGAUGAACCGGCCGUUCCGCUCCGCCACAGGAAGUCUGGUGCACCUCAACUCUACGCGGGCACACCACGGGCGCCAGGAAGGCGGUGGCAGCAGCGGCGGCGUCUGUGGUGUCGCCACAGGAAACGCUGGCACAAGCACGGUCGGCGGACGCUAUGUCAGAGCCGUCCCGGGGUCGGCGUCCACCUACCACGCCCGCUCCGCCUCGCUGCCGGUGUCCCACUUCCCCUCCACCACCAGUCCGGUGAGCGUGUCCUCCAGCAGCGGCCACGGCUCCGUCUCCGACACGCUCACCCGCCCGUCGAGCGCCUCGAUAUGCGGCUCCCCGUCCGACGGCGGCUUCAACUCCUCAGACGAGUACGGCUCCAGUCCCGGCGACUUCCGGUACUUCCGGGUGCGCAGCAACACGCCGGACUCUCUCGGCAACACCCCGCCAAUCAGAGAAGAGAACUGUCUGAACGAUUACAUGGCGAUGGGCUGGAACCGGGAGGUCUUCGGCACCAGCGGGGGCUCUGGAAACAACAGCGGUGGUGACACGCCGCGGGACGAGAGCACAUCAACGACGGAGGACGACCGCUUUUCUUCAUCAUCAUCGCUGAGGAGGAGGGCGCACUCUUUCUCCAGAACGGCCGGCGGCGCCACCGGCGGUUCUGGGGUUGCUGUCUACCAGAAAAUGACCCAGACUAACUUCUCGUUGGACGAGGGGUCGGAUAUUGUGUUGCCGUUUGGCAGCGGGCUGCUCCGCGGCGGGCCGUCUUCCUCCUCUUCCUCGCUCCGCUCCGACUACAGCUCCUGCUCCGAGCACAGCCAGCAGAGCCGUCCCUCCACGCUCUCUCGGACGGAGGCCGGUGGCGAGCGCCCUCCGCUCUCCUCCUCCACCUCUGCCAAGGAAGACAGCGGCUACAUGCCGAUGUUGUGCGGCGUGGCUGCUUCGCCGCGAGACACGCCUCCCGAUUACAUGCCUAUGCAACCCGGCUCCUACACCCACCCCGUCUCCCAAUCCCCUCAGUUUCACAGUCCAGCUUUAGGCCCCCGCUCAGCCCACCACCACCAGUCCCAAUCCUCCUCAGACUCCCACGGCUACAUGAUGAUGCUCCCAGGACAAGCCUCCCCGAGCCCUCACAGCAGCUCCAGCACGACAGGCGCCGGUGCGAGUGACAGCAUAGCGGAGAGACCCGAGAACGGGGAGUAUAUGGACAUGUCUUACUGCAGCAGCAGCGCAGAGCGCAAGCUCUCAAAUGAAGGUAACGGCGGUUAUUACACGCCCGGCACACCCGAGGGCACCCCAAAGUCUUACAGCCCUUAUUUCUCCCUCCCUCGCUCCUACAAAGCUCCCACCAGAGACAGAGAUGAGAAAGAGUACGGGGAGUAUGUUCCUAUGAGUUCUCCCGCCAAGCACGUCUAUUCAUCUGUCGCCACGGCUUCAAUGUUGACACCGGAGAAGAAGGGCGGAGGAGGUAGCAACACCUCCACCCCCUCGCACCCACCCCCGCCUUAUGGGGCGCACCAUACGACCGCAGCAAUAGCCGACCGCCGCGCCGCGAGGCCCAACCGCCUCCCGCUAGGCAGGAGGAGUUUCCACGGUCCGCUGCGAGUUAGCGAGCCCUCCACCACGACGUCGGCCGGCAGCUCCACCUCGGUCCCCGCCGCUGUCGGCUCAUCUGAAAGGCCCUCAAGUCCCGGGGAGUACAUCAACAUUGAGUUCGGGGAUCAUUACCCCCAUCAACAACAGCCCCCUGCUUAUCCCCUCUCUGCCCAAGACAAAGCACCUUCCCUGGGGUCUAGUGCCCACAGUCGCUCCCCUCACCAGGACUACAUGAGUGUGGAGGUGGCGGCGGUGGCGGACCAGCAGGACAGCGCCGGGUGUUUGGGUAAAAAACAGUCGUCGCCCAGACCCAGCCUCGUCGCCCCCUGGAACCCACCCAGCUACAUCCGACCCUUGGCUACCAAUCCCGGAGCUUCCGCCGGAGGGCACUGGAAGUCGAUGGGGGACGACUACACGGACAUGACGUUCAACCUCAGCAGAGGAGAGAGGACGCAAACGAGCCCCACGGCCAUGCUGCAGCACCUCUGCGUGAUGGAGGAACAUUACGGCCACGCUCCACCCGCCGCCUCCUCCAUUUCUCCCCCUCUUCCACCGCCGACGCAACAGCUGGAGCCCAGGGUGGUUCGCGCGGACCCCCAAGGCAGGAGGAGGCACAGCUCGGAGACGUUCUCCUCUACCUCCUCCUCUAAUUCAACCCCCUCUGGAGCAGGACCGGCCCCCGCAUCCUCAUCCACCCACCCGACACUAGCCAACACUGCGGCCUCCAACGGCUCGUACGUAACGGAGGGUCAGGCUUCCAGGUGGGCCAGCUCGGCCUCUUUCGACAGCAUGUGGGUGUCCAUGGAGGGUCUGGGGGACUUGCCGGCUCCCCAUGCCCCAGUUAGAGCCAUGGAAAUGGCCACCACCGCCGCCGGGACCUCCUCCUCUGGCAGAAUGUGCCGGAACAUGUCCGUGGGCUACCAGAACGGGCUGAACUACAUCGCCCUGGAGCUGAGGGAGGACGGGAGCAGCGCUGGAGACGGUGACAGCAACGGGAGCUCGACGGCAGCGGCAACGUCGGUGCCGGAGAACGGCGCCUACGCCAGUAUAGACUUCACCAAAUCUGACGGGGUGACCACAACAACAAAGGACUGAGCGACGGGACGUUAGAGGCUCCUCCUCCUCCGGGUACUUGACUCUGUGACCUUUUGGCCCCCCCCCCCCCGGUGACCUCUGACCUCUUCAGACUGGAUGCAGAUAAACAACAGAUGACAAAAACGCUUGCAGAUUUUUUCCUAAGUGUACGUCAUCUCUGAUUUUUAUUUUUUGUGUUUUUAUAUGCAUAUCUUUGUUUUUUAAAUCACGAUGGGUGCUGCCAGUGUGCGCUGCUCGCUCCACCAGACGUCGGUCAGCGGACUCUUUGUUCUCCGUACGGUAUUAAAAAGGGAGGCAAAGGCAUUAAGGUACCUACUUGGAAAAAAUGUUGAAUUUAUAAUAUUCAUUUUUAUCUUAUUAUUAUUAUUAUUAUUAUUAUUAUUAUUUUUACCCUCCUCGUGCAUAAUCCUUCCUCAACACGGUACCGUACAGUUAUUACACAUUGUGGACAAAGUUGUAGAGAAUGUACUUUUAUUUUUUGAACAGAUUACCAGUUAAUAAACUGGGAGCUAUGGAGCCGUACCAGCUCAUCAAACACACGCUCUGCAGCACAUAUUGUUAUUUAUUGUUUGCAAACGGCACAAAUACUCCGAUACAUUUCUGUAGUUUGCUUUCACGGCAGCGACGGUCGACUCCUUCGCAGAUAACGGAUGUUUUAAAGGGAUAGUUCAUAAAGAUACAGAGUGUUUUAGGCGAUCGGAGCGCUUCUAGUUGAAGAUCUCUAACUAGCGCUUGGCUUAAAGCCUUCCAGCGACCCAGAAGCUCGUUCACUAAACUGGUUUUAUCCUUCGUUUGUCGUAGAAAAAGUGCAAAAAAUGACAAUUCACCGACUUUCAUCGAUCUUGUUCUAACAGAACUAUCCCUUUAAAAGUAAUAAUGACAAACUAAUAACGAAAGUAGCUCGUAGAGGUUUUUGGAAGCUUGACCGGCUCGUGUUCUCUUUUCAGUUUUACCUCACGAGGUCCGUCGCACAGUUCAAGUUAGCGAGGGAGAGCGGCAACACACACACACACACACACACACACACAAAAUGCUGUGAAAGCUAAAAAAGCACAAAGUAAAGACUGACACUGGGAUGCAAACACUAAGACUGACGCAGACAUGAAAUCUCUGCAAGUGAAGCUCACACAUGCACACACACGUCAUGAAGAGACACAUGUCGCGGUCAUGCGGUCCGCUCUCAUAACGCAUGCAGUAAGUCACGCAGCCCUAUUUAGGCGAGGCUAACUCCGCUGUGCUCCCAUUUGGGCUCUUUGUCAGCGGAUCUUGAUGACGCACAGACACACUCGCACACACACACACACAUAUAUGCAUGCUUUGGUUUUCGUCACCGGCUCCGGGUGACGUAAAGAGGUUUCCAGUAACCGCAGCUGCAGCCCCAGGUGCAGCGCACUGGUCAUACGUGCCCUGCUGCAACCGCGCACACACACACACACACACACACACUACACACACACACACACACACACUAUCACAGUCUGCCUCUUCUCUCUCUCACACUUUAAAACACUGAUACGUCUUUAUUUAACAUUUCUACUCAACAUGUGCUUAAAGAACUCAAAGACUGACCGCUAUCGUAGCCAACGGAAAUGCAAUUUUUUAUUAUUUACAUUUUUUUUGUUCAGUAUUCACUCAUCUAAUCUGCAUCCCGCGUUUGUUUGACUUCCCCUUGUUGUUUUUAUUAUUAUUUGGACGUAUCAUCGUCGUUUUUCGGGCCCCGUGCAGCAGGAACGCUGAGGAAUCUUUCGAUGAAUAUUAAUCUCUGAACGUGAACGUCCAGAACUCUGCGUACGUUAAGAACAGAAACGGCUGUAAGCGGUGUGACUGCGUGGUGCACAUGCUGAAGUCAUGUGUGAUAAUUAAAGUUUGACAACUUGAAUACAGCUUUAAACACUCUAAAGCUGCAGUAUUUGUUUAUUAUUAUUAUUAUUAAUAAAUAAAAGAUUCAUAACUUGCAAAAACAGAUAUUCAGCAAAAAAAAGCAGUUUUUGCUCGAUUUGACGAUGUCCUGAAGCUCAGAAAGAUAUAUUUAUUUUAAUAUAUUUUGUGCGACUAAGAUGAAGCUUUUUUUCUCGUGUGCACAAGGUUUAAAAUAAAAAAAAUCUUUCAAGGCUUUAACGGCUCCAUAAGUUUCUCUUUUACAGAUCUGCUAAACCAACACGUGAUCUCUAUCUCACAUUUAGGAUGAAAGUCUUAGCAUGUGCACCAAUCGGUUUUUUACACGAGGAUAUUUCGUGCCACGUCUUUUAAUCCUGAGCUUCGUGGUUACAGAUGAGGCUUCUUCUGAUUAAUUAUCGGAUGUUUAGAUUAGAGUUUAUUCGUUUCGUCUAAAACUGAGCCAGAAAACAAUGAAUCGUAAAUUUCCGAGAGCUCAAAGUUGUCAAAUACUUUUUUUUGUCUCAAAGUCUAAAACUCGGAUAUUCAAUUUCAUAAUCAUAUAAACGGUGAAAACUAGCUCACAUUUACAGAAACUGAUAAAAGUGUUUUUUUUCUCACUUAAAGUCAUUCAAUCAUUUCAAAAGUUGAUACUUCCUCGUCUGUGUUUACAGCCCUGGUUUGUUUGUCACUCAGUGUGCGUUGGGAGUUUUAACAAAACGUUUGAUGUCCCAGUACGGCGCCAUGAGGAGCUCCGCUUGAAGCAAAUCCCCAAACGUCCGCCCUCUUCCCCUCCAUCCCGUCUGCCUUUAUAACCAGCGACGACAGCCAAAAAGAUAAAGAAGGAUAUUUUUAUUUUCGGCCGGUACAGAAACAGGAAACGGUUCUUUGCCUCCGGAGGCGUCGGGAUGUUAAACCGUCAUCAGAUCCACGUUUUUAACGGUCUGAUUCAAAAGCCUGUGACGUGUCUUAUAUGUACAUUAUAAACAUUUUGACAUAUUUUCUCACCUUUUUGAGCGAACAAAGAAUAUAAGAAUAUUUAGGCUGCGGUGGCCCGAGAUUUGUUUCCUUUUUUUUUUUUUUUACGUUUUAACAUUACUGCAAAAUAAAAGAGGUACUUUUCGGUGGGAUUUUGGGAAGAAUCCAUCUUAAUUUAUUUGAAGCAUUAUUCGGAUAAAAACAAAAAGGAUAAAUGUCUGACUGCCUUUGUGUUGAAGUUCACCCUCCUGUUGAAUCCUUUUUGUCAUGACUGAAUUCAUUUACACAGAAUCUGUGUUUUAUUUUGGCAACAGUUCAACCUCAAAAAACUGUCAAUGUUACAAAAUUUCUGAUGUUGGAAAGAA